AUGCAGAUGAUCUACUACUCUUUCUUGCUAGGGGCAAUUGGUGCCUUGGGUGCUACACUAGCUGAUUUUUGCACUCAAGAUCAUGUGCAAGAGUCGCUUCCUCAGGGUGUUUUGCCAGGCGUCACCUUUGAUGCGGCUUCCAUCACAGCCAACGCAGUCAGCAACCAAACUGUCACGGGUGGUUCCAACUUUCCUGGGGGCACCAUAAGUUACUGCAAUGUGACUUUUCAAUACGCCCACGCCAAUCUCGACGAGACAAUCAUUCUCAUGUACUGGCUUCCAGACCCAGCCGAGUUCCAGGGUCGGUUUCUGGCUACUGGGGGAGGUGGACUGGCCAUCAGUUCAGGCAGUUCCUACUUACCUGGGGGCAUUCUGUAUGGCGCAACCGCUGGCACCACGGACGGAGGAUACGGGGGCUUCCAGUCUUCACUUGACAAUGUUGUACUGGCUGGCAAUGGCUCCCUGCAGUGGAACUAUAUAACUCUGCAUGGUUAUCAGGCAAUCCACGAGAUGACUGUCAUUGGCAAGAGCUUCACAGGCAACUUUUAUGAUUACAACGACAAGAUAUACACUUAUUACCAAGGCUGUUCUGAGGGUGGACGCGAAGGAUGGAGCCAGGCUCAGAAAUUUGGUGCUGAAUACGACGGCAUCAUUGCAGGUGCACCUGCUUUUCAUUAUGCCCAGCUGCAGACCACACAUAUUUUCCCCUCUGUUGCCGAACAAACAUUGGACUACUAUCCUCCACCUUGCGAAUUAAGUACCAUCACCAGCGGGAUUGUCACUGCAUGCGAUCCCCUGGACGGGAAAGCUGACGGAGUGAUUGCACGAAGCGACCUCUGCCGCCUGGAUUUCAACAUUAGCACACUUCUCGGUACACCUUACUACUGCAACGCAACUUCGACGCGACCGGUGCAAGAUGGUACCGUAUCUGCUCAGGCGUUGGAGUUAGUGGACAUCAUUAUGGCAGGCCUUCACAAUUCCAAGGGUGAAUUGGUCUGGGUGCAACAUGAGCCCGGCGCUGGAUUUAGUGAUGCCACCACUACAUACGACCAGACCACUGGAACAUGGAAAUACAGCAUUCCUGCCAUCGGUGGCGACUAUGUGACUAGAUUCAUCCAGCAAGUAGAGUUGUCGAAUUUGCCAAAUUUGGACAAUGUGACAUACGACACACUAUCUGGCUGGAUCAUUGAGUCAAUGUAUACAUACAUGAGCACCUUGCAAACCACAUAUCCCGACCUUACAGAUUUGCAACAGGGAGGCGGAAAGAUCAUUCAUUAUCAUGGCGAGCAGGACGGAUCCAUUGCCACGGGAUCAUCAGUUAUAUACCGCGAGGCUGUUCGGCAGGUCAUGUUCCCUGGCUUAUCAUACAACGAGAGUAACUCCAAGUUAGACGAGUUCUACCGCUUCUACCUGAUUCCCGGCGCCGGGCAUUGCGGGCCCAACACGGCACAACCCAACGGGCCCUUUCCACAAACGGUAAUUCAGACGAUCAUUGACUGGGUCGAAAAUGCUAUCGCGCCCGAGACACUCAAUGGUACAGUUCUUCAGGGUCAGAAUCAAGGUCAAAACCAACAGAUUUGUGCAUGGCCACUGCGGCCAUUCUGGCAGGAUGGCUCCACACUGGCGUGCGAGUAUGAUCAAACAUCGAUUGAUAGUUGGACAACAGCAGCCGACUUGAAUGCUUACAAGACGGCAUUUUAUUAG